AUGUCUAAUCGAAUUGUAGCAGGUGUCAAGAUUACUCGUAUUGGUAGUGGUGGUGUUACUUCAUCAUCAUCAUCCAAGGACAGCAAGUCAAUUGAGCAGACAUGGUCUGCCUCAUCAUCAACUGCUUCACCUUCGAUUGGCAUCGGCAGAGGAAUGCUAGACAUUGAUGAUAGUAGAGUAAGUGAGAGACAAGUUGAGAUCAAGCUGUUGAAUAGUAACAAGGUCACUGUGUUCCAAUGUGGAGUCAAUCCAUCGUUUAUACAAUCAUCCAAGCGAUUCAAUGAGGUGAAGAGUGCUACAACAGAGAAAGAGACUGCGACAACAACAACCUCAGUGUCAAGCCCAAAGCUCACUAUGAAGGAUCUUUUGGGUGACCAACUCGAUCGGUUGAAUGGACAUGAGCUUCAAGAUCCCAAUGGUGAGGUUGUCUCCUUCCUCAUUCCCAAUCAAGACCCAAUACACAUCCUUAUCCAAUUGAUCGAGGACAGCAAUGACGACCAAGUCGUGUCAUCAUCAAGCUCCUCCGUCGUCGCCAAGCCUUCCUCGUCAUCACCAUCAUCAUCACAAUCAUCUGGCACACUAAAAGCAUCGACUGAUACAACAUCGACUACAUCAACUACAUCGAUUACAUCAACAUCAAAGACAUCACCAACCAAGCGAGAAUCUGAUCAACCACCCAUCCAACAAUCAAAGAAGUACAAGGUACUCGAUAUUCAAGCGAGUAGUGGAUCCGACAAGACAUUGACCACAGCAACGACGAAGACGGCAACAACUUCAACACCUGCUCGUGUUGGUACAUCUUGGAGCGAUGCAUUGUCUGCGUACUGUUUGGCACCAGCUGAUCAUUCAUGUGUCAAAUACUAUGACGACAAGAUAGUGAUCAUUCAAGACGCAUAUCCAAAGGCCAAGCAUCACUAUCUCGUGAUGCCCAGACGUUUGAUACCAUCGUUCAAGGAUCUCACCAAGGAGGACUUGGGAUUGCUGCAACAGUUGUACGAUCAUGGCAUUCACUUUAUUCAAAACACACUCAAGUGCAAGCUGGACAUAUUCCAGAUCGGCUUCCAUGCCGUACCCUCGAUGCGACAACUUCACCUGCACCUCAUCUCCAACGACCUCAACUCUCCAGCACUCAAGCGCAAAGAACACUGGAUAUCAUUCACUACUGACUUCUUUAUACCUUUCCAAUCAUUCUAUGACAAUCUGAAACAGAAUGGUUCAAUAGUCUUGGACAGGGAGAAAUACAAGAAGCUGAAGGAGGUAGCUACAUUUGUAUGUCCCAAGUGCAAGGCAUCAUUCGAGUCUCUUGCCAAAGUGAAGGAUCAUUAUCAAAAGCAUUGA